UUUCCGAGACAUCAACGUAAACACAACAGUUUAAAAUGGCGGGUAGUCAAAACUUUGUCACGGAUUGUCACGAUAUAUGCAAUCUUAUUGCCGUAUAAAAGCCAAUAUACUAUAAGAACAAUAUCAUUUUAAGCGAAGAACUUGUGAUGGUAACACAAAGGGCGCAAAUUUGGGAGUAAUUUGUAUGAAAACUGCCGUGAAAGUGAAAGGACCGAACGUUUAUUGCCUCUUGACGCCGUAGUAACGAAAACAACUUCGAAAGAUGAGUAUUUAUUGAAGAUCUCAAAAAUCUAGGAAACUAUUCAAGCUUCAUAAGCUGGUCACCUUAAAAGCCACCGUUUAAUGUUUAAAAUGGAGUUGGUUAUCGAAAUAGUAAGAAUUUGCGUUGCAACUCAAAAAUUGUUUCCAAACAAUUUCCAAAUUUAGAAUUGUUUUUUUAUAUAUUUAUAUAUAUAAAAUAUAAUAAAGAUGAUGAUAUGGAAGUCGUGGAAAUAAAGGAGUUUUCGGAAUCGGAAGACCCAGACCAGAACAAAGAAUGGAUUGAUUUGAUCGAAAAGAAAGACGAGCCGAAGCUUGAGAAAAACAAACACAACCUUCAUAUUCAAGACGACGAAGAAGAAGACUCACUUCGGCCGGAUCUGAAGGGAUUGGAGGAUGCUGAAGAAGAUGAUCAAGAAAACCCAGACCCCUUGCCUCGUGUGAUAAAAAAUUCUGGUCCUCUUUUUGAGGGUUUCCUUAUAACAUGGGGCUGUGGUGAGUUUGCCCAGCAUGGACAUGGUCAUUGCAAUGAUGUUCCUAUCAGUAGCGGCUUGUUCAACCCACUGCUAGUCGGACAGGACGGACAGGUUACACAUAUUGCUUGCGGGUCGAGCCAUACCCUGGUCAUCACAGGAGAUGGUCGUCUCUUCAGCUGGGGGAAUGGCAACAGUGGUCAGCUUGGUAUUGGCUCAACAAACACAACCCUUCAGCCUCAUUUAGUACCCCUUGGAGUCACCCCUGGGACCAGAAUAGAAGGCGUGGCAUGUGGAACCAGGCACUCGUUUGUGUGGACAGAAGAGGGAGAGUGUUUUAGUUUUGGUAACAACUACAGUGCCCAACUAGGGUAUGACUUCAGGAAACCUGACUUCAAAGACAACCAGUUAAAGCCAAUUUAUGUUGAUACUCUCUUCAACCGUAAAGUUCUUCAAGUGGCGUGUGGCUCCAGACACUCUUUGUUCUUGUUCUCCAAUGGUCAUGUCGCUGCUGUUGGAUGCAACAAUAGAGGACAGAUUGGCAUUGGCAAUAAGACUGACACUUUUUGCAUACAGAAUGUCCCAGAUCUCACAGGUGUAACUGUUGUAGCCUGUGGCAACAGUCACUGUCUGGCUGCAGAUGUACAAGGCCAGGUGUGGGCAUGGGGGUACAGCAAAGCUUGUGGUGCUAGAGAAGAUCUACUGAGUCCAGAGAACAUCUUCACUAGCACAGACAGUUGUGUGAAGGCAUUGUCAGGGGGAGAUUCUCACUCAAUGAUUUUACUACACAAUGGCAGGCUACUCACUGUUGGUAAUAACUAUGAAGGUCAACUUGGCCAUGGAUCAGGUAUCAAGUUUCUUAGCUCGCCAUUGGAGGUCAAACACCCUUUCCUUCAGGGUAGAGUGCAGGACAUCUCUGUGGGAGAGAAUACCUCUGCUGCUGUCACAGAUAAUGGCAAGCUCUACAUGUGGGGACAAAAUUCCAGUCAUGUCAUUCGCGAAGAUGAGGGAAUUAGACAUUUUCAGUUUGAGCCGUAUGAAGUGGACAUAGGUGAAUGGAGAGCCAAUAAGGUAUCUUGUGGGUCAUGGCACGUCGCUUGUAUUGUAUCUGGCUCGUACACAAAGCCUCCGAAUGUAAACGCUGUCCCUCUACCCCCAUCUCUCAAACCUGAAAAACCGGUUACACCAACAUACCCAGUUACGUCAAAUCAAAAUGAUGAUCCUGAAGCUACUGCGCAGGGCGUCGGAAAUCACAUAUCUUGUGACGUAAGUGAUGACGAUAUGUAUACGGAUUAUCCAUUGGAAGAGACUGUUGUGGACUUUUGCGGGAACGUGAUCGGGGAAAGACCUUGUUCUACAAUAUCCGCUCUAGAAAUCAACCCAAAAUCAUCACCACCAAAGGAAGAAAAGCCAUCAAAUGAAAGUGAUUCUCAAAAAGCGGAUAACACGGAGCAUUUUUUCGAUAAACAAGCUGUGAAAGAAAGUGCAGAGUUGUCAGAAGCUAUAGAAAAUCUUAUUGGAAGUAAUAUUUGCUGUUAUGAACAAGACGAGGAAAACACAACUUCUGAUAUUGAUAUGAAAGAACAGAACACUGGAGUUUCUCCCGAUUGGAGUGCCUCUGUCUCUGCGAGUGCGACUGGUUCAAAUGAGGAAAAGCCUGCCAAGAUAGAAGCUACAUUGUCCAAGAUUGAAGAAGAGAAACCAUCAAAACAGUCACAAAGGAUAAUGAAAGCUAGCAAGAACGAAGAACUGAUCGCUGAGGUUCAAGAAGAAAAAGAAACUCUCCAAAGUCGUGUUGAAACGGUGAAACCAGAUCGACCAAAAUCCAGGAAAUUAUCAGCAGGGAGAAAGCCAAUGAUUAUCUCGAGACAAAUACGAGAUGACGACCAUUCUAAAGGAAAUACUCCAGUCAUUGGAAAUGUAACUAUCGGAUUCUCUGAGGAUAAUAAAAAGGUUGAGAGAGCAGUGACUAAACAACCACUCUCUAGAAGAGCUAGAAGUGAGACACCAUCCUCUAAUGAGCGGAGUUCCUCAAUGGAUUGGACUGGGGCCACUAAAGGUCAAGCGAAUUCUCCCGCUAAUGCAGGCGACGCUUGUAGAAGUCCUUUGGUGAAACAGCUUCAGCGUUCUCCUCAGCUAACAAAUGAACAGCCGUCCUCCCCCACUUUUCGAAAAGCGGGCGGGGUGUGCACGUGGACACCAGGUGUAGUGGGACAGUUGCAUAGGGAAAAGAGACCUGUACGAAGCUUAAGGAAAAUGGCAUCGGAAGAUAAUACAACUUGCUAUUUACCAAAUCAACCUAUGGAUAUAAUCAGGGACACGUGGACACAGCCUCCGCCCACCAGAAGAUCCAUCUCACGAACACAGUCCACUCCAAAUAUGUACACCUCCACGCCUGGUACUCCCCCCAGCCCAAUCGCCAAACGCGGGGCAUACCCCCAUAGCGCCACGCCCAAUACCCCUCCCAGUCCGGUGCGGAAAUUUUCCAGCGGAACCCAAGUUCGCCUACUAGCUCCCAGUACAUUACCACCACGACCACCUCGCACACAAAGGCCUGGGGCGAGUCACAAACCAGUGUUCUCGUCUGGGUCGUCCUGGAGAAACAGGAAGUCUGAUUUGGUGUAGUCACGCAAUCUGAACUGGCGUUUUGUCACGCAGUCAGGUCUCGUCUACAUACUAAAGUACAAUAGUGCUACUGCACCCUAAUGAGGGACUAGUGAACCUCAAGCGUGUCUUAUUUAAUUCCGUAUGCUUGGUGGUGUCAUUCUGAAAUACUGUCAGAAAACAGCACAACAUUAUUUUAAUAAACAUUCAUAUUACAUGCA